AUGGCGAUAGACCGGCGGCGCGAGGCGGCGGGCGGCGGGCCCGGGCGGCAGCCGGCCCCGGCCGAGGAGAACGGCUCCCUGCCGCCCGGGGACGCGGCGGCCUCGGCGCCCCUCGGGGGUCGCGCUGGCUCCGGCGGCGGCGCGGAGAUCCAGCCGCUGCCCCCACUGCACCCUGGCGGCGGCCCGCACUCGAGCUGCUGCUCGGCGGCGGCGGCCCCGAGCCUCUUGCUGCUGGACUACGACGGGUCGGUGCUGCCUUUCCUCGGGGGCCUGGGCGGAGGCUACCAGAAGACCCUCGUGCUGCUCACCUGGAUCCCGGCGCUGUUCAUCGGCUUCAGCCAGUUCUCGGACUCGUUCCUCCUGGACCAGCCCAACUUCUGGUGCCGCGGGGCUGGCAAAGGCGCCGAGCUGGCUGGGGCCACCGCCAGCGGCAGUUGGGGCGACGUGGGCAACUGGACCAGCUCCCCGACCACCCCCUUCUCCACCGCAGCCUGGGGCGCCCCGGGCAACCGAAGCAACAGCAGUGGCGCCGACGGGGGCGACACGCCACCCCUGCCAUCCCCUCCGGACAAGGGGGACAACGCCUCCAACUGCGACUGCCACGCAUGGGACUAUGGCAUCCGCACCGGCCUUGUCCAGAACGUGGUCAGCAAGUGGGAUCUUGUGUGUGAUAAUGCCUGGAAGGUCCAUAUCGCUAAGUUCUCCUUACUGGUUGGAUUAAUCUUUGGCUACCUAAUAAAUGGAUGCAUUGCCGACUGGGUCGGCCGGCGGCCUGUGCUACUGUUUUCCAUCAUCUUCAUCCUGAUCUUUGGACUGACCGUGGCACUGUCAGUGAACGUGACAAUGUUCAGCACACUCAGGUUCUUCGAAGGAUUUUGCCUGGCCGGAAUAAUUCUCACACUGUAUGCACUAC